AGCUAAACAAGACUCGCCGCCUCAGACACUCGCCCAAUCCCUUCCAGCAAUGUCCGAUCAGCAUCCUCCCACGCUUGUCUCGGCGGCCAUGCAGACGAACCGCUCAACCACUGUUUCAGAAAGUAGCGCCCCUCCCUCGGCAAGGAGCACACCUGGUCCUUCUGCUGGGCCUAGUGGUGAGGGUGCGCCUGCAGGCGGUAUCCAGAGGAUGAAAUUUAAGCCCAAAGUGCCUAUUAGACGGGUGAAAACGGAAGCUGAAACUCGAACUGAACCUGCCCCUGUAGUUCAGCCACCGGGGAGAGGAGGUAUGAAUGGCCGUGGACGCGGUGGGGGUACCCGAGGUCGAGGUCGAGGAGGGGCAGUCGUUUCAACAUCCAUUGCUGCUGGCGUGUUUGGUGGACCGCGACCUGCUGCGUCCUCUUCAAGACGGUUUACCGCUGCCGCUCCAGCCCCUCGUACUACUGACUACGCCUCUGACGCCGAAAUCUACUCUGAUCAUUCCGAAGAAGAUGGUUUCCCAUCCAUGCGACCCAUCGACAUUGACAUGGUGUCCACCAUGUCUGAAUCGGCACCCACUAGCAUUUAUCGUGAUCGGAAACUUACCCAAGGAAAGGCCAAGGGAGAGAAGAACAAGAAGGAUGUUAAGAGACGAGCAGCAAAGAAGGAUACGGGAAAGCACAGAGAUGAUGGUCGUAAUGGAGUCAAGGAUGAGCCCAUGUCCCCAAGACAGAGGGAGAGAGAUGACGAUGCGAUGAUGUCGGGUGAUGAGGAACAAGAUCGAGACGAGCGAGGACGAAGAGUGCGGAACUUCAUGCAAACAGGCGGGAUCGACGAACCUGAGGUCGAAGAAGUCAAUGCCGCCCAAGCAGUCGACUUGAGCGAGUCAGAGAGUGAGGAUGAGGAAGAGGAUUUAAAGGGCGACUUCAUCUCUGUGGACGGAAAUGACCCCCCAGAGAACAAGCUGUUCAUCUUCCAAUUCCCUCACCUCUUCCCCAAGUUCAACCCCGCCGGUCCUGUAGAUCUUACGAACCCGGAUGGCGACGUCAAGCCUGACAUCAAGCCCACAGCCGCACAGCUAAGGGCAAAGAAGAACGUUGUGGAACCUACGCCGGAGGGUAGGGUUGGUACAAUGGUGGUUAUGAAGUCGGGUAAAGUCAAAAUUGUCAUGGGUAAAGACAUUGUCAUGGAUGUCAAUCCUGGUGUCCCCGCUACCUUUGUGCAACAGCUAGUACACCUCGACGCCAAACAAAAAUCCGCCAUCGUCCUCGGAGAUGUCCACAAAAACUACGUUGUCACUCCCGAUAUCGACCGUUUGCUCCAAGACCUAUACAGUAAUGGUGGCCAGACACCAGGUGAUAGAGAGGUAGAGGCCAGGAUGAAGGCGCUGAGAAUGCGGGGUUUAGUCAAGAUGGAGGAUCACUAAUCGAGCGCCCAAACAUUGAGGCGAGUUCUCAUGGCAUUAUCAGCAUGUAUAUAUGACAAUACAGAGGACAAGGGCAGAGCUAAAAUCCACAGUUAUUGGUACUGGUACUAAACAAACUCGCAGAAUUCUAGACGUUACAUUACUUUUAACUGCAGCUCUGGCAAAACCAUUGCCAACCAUCACCAUCCAUGCUCUUCAACUCCAUCCCGCCUCUCUGUCCUUCUUUGCCACAGAGGAAACACCAUUCCACAUCAACUUCGUCGAUCCCCCGGCUCAAACCAUUGUUGUUCCUGACUCUUCUUCCCAUUAGGGGCCCAGCUCUGAUAGUCAUCGAUCCUUGGGACCCACGAGAAGGCGUCGCAAUUGAAAGCGGUUGUUCUCUCAACUCUCGUUCAAUUUCUCUCAUCUUCCUCUCGAAUUCGAAACUCCCCUGAUGGUUCUCUAGCAGCUCGACUUCUCCAUCGUUUGCGGGAUCAUCGUUUCCAAGAGCAAAAGGUAUCGACACCGGCUUGAUGGUACUACCCUCCAAACUUCUCGCGAGGCUUUUGAGAUCCUUAACACUGCUCGGUGCCCAGUCGCCUAACGAAAACCUUCCGAUUCCGGGCGAGACGGUCUCCAUACCGGCUGAACUGGCUGCAAGGAGAGUGUUUGGCGGUGCAGGGGGAAUAUGAACGAUAGCGCUCGCCGGUGCGCCCAUCCUGGACGUAAGGUUAAAACUCCAUGGAGCUUCGUCGAGACUCUGAUUAUGGGUGUGAUUCUGGCUGAGAGGCGGUGGAAGAGGCAUGUCGGGAAUGUUGGCUGUAGCGGGUACGCCGAUGCUUGAAAGAGGUAGGGGUAGAGCAGGGACUAGAGAUUGAC